GUAAAUUUCCUUCUGUAGGGUUUUUUAGCAGGGCUGUAUAAAGCCCCCGCUAGCAUCUGAAAAAAGUUCCUUCUGUGUUGGCUGUGUGUCGACCGGUGAUUCGUCGGGACCGUAGAAUCAUCCGCCUGCAACCAUGGGUAUUUCUCGGGAUUCCAUGCACAAGAGGCGUGCGACUGGAGGAAAGAAGAAGGCUUGGAGGAAGAAGAGAAAGUAUGAGCUUGGAAGACAACCUGCAAACACAAAGUUGUCGAGCAACAAGACUGUCCGCAGGGUGAGGGUCCGUGGAGGUAAUGUGAAGUGGCGUGCCUUGAGGCUGGACACAGGAAACUUCUCGUGGGGCAGUGAGGCUGUCACCAGGAAGACUCGUAUUCUGGACGUUGUUUAUAACGCGUCCAACAAUGAACUGGUUAGGACCCAGACUUUGGUGAAGGGUGCUAUUAUUCAAGUUGAUGCUGCGCCUUUCAAGCAGUGGUACCUCCAGCAUUAUGGGGUGGACAUCGGUCGCAAGAAGAAGGCCGCUGCCAAGAAGGAAGGAGAGGAAAAUGAGGCUGCUGCUGGGGAAGAGGCUAAGAAGAGCAACCAUGUUCUAAGAAAACUUGAAAAGAGGCAACAGGACCGUAAAAUUGACACUCAUAUCGAGGAGCAAUUUGGUGGUGGCCGUUUGUUGGCGGCAAUCUCCUCCCGCCCAGGCCAGUGUGGGCGUGCUGAUGGUUAUAUUCUGGAGGGCAAGGAGUUGGAAUUUUACAUGAAGAAAAUCCAGAAGAAGAAAGGAAAGAGUGCCGGGGCCUCUUAAAUUACUUGGAGCUCCUUGUAAUUUUCCAUUUUUCCGCACAACUGUUGCUUUCUUUGUCAUUGCAAUGAGCAGGACAAUACUUUGCUUGAGCUUUAGAGAUAUGUUGGACUAUUACCAUUUGUGGCGAAUGUGAGAUUUUGUUUUUGUGUACAAUUAACCAAGCUUCCGUAUUUUGUUGGCUGAUUAAUUGCUUUAGCCUCUAGUUUUUGUUGCUAUCAUUUUCAUUUGUUACUUGUUUACAAUUUCAUUUCUUUUUAUGCAAAUUCCAUAAUGGAUCUAGGUCAAUCGAUUAGCACUUUAAACACUGUUAUUUGCUCAUCCAUUUAUCUUUAUCGAUCAGGG